CAUUAUCCAUUGUCAUUGUCCAUUCCUCAAUCACAUAUAUACUUCCUCCUCUCACCCCCACAGAAUUAGAAACAAGCGAAAAUGGCAAAAGCAAAGACCACAAAACAGAAAACUGUUCCCAAAGCACCCCCCACAAUCACCCCCCCGGAUCCCGCCCACGCAAUCGCUCAUGUCCCAACACACACUACAGAUGAGAAGCGGGAACAGCAAGCGAGCAGCAAGGGAUCUGUAACAACCCCAGCGGAGGUGGAGGAGGACGUCUGCUUUAUUUGUGCUGAGCCGAUAACGUUCUGGAGCGCGGGAGUUUGCGGACAUAAGACUUGCCAUGUUUGUGCAGUUCGAUUAAGGACGUUCUACAAGAAAACCGACUGCACGUUCUGCAAGACUCCUCUCCCUACUGUGCUCUUCUCUCGCUCACCUGAUACUCCCUUUCCGAAUGAGAGCCACCUGGAACCAUCUCCUCCUAAUGUGAUCGCUAAAGCUCAGGAAGAAGCCAAAAAGGGUGAGCGGUGGGAUAAGGGCUUGACACUUCCCGGCACUUUAGACUUGGGCGCUUUCCCUUAUGUGGACGAAAAACUCGGUGUAGUGUUCGAAGAUGAAGAUAUGAUGGAAUCAAUCCUCACCCUUCUCCGAUUCAACUGCCCGUAUCCAGAAUGCUCUUUCCAAGCAGUCAACUGGCCAUCGCUCGAAAGACAUACUCUUUCAACCCAUGGGAAAGUCAUAUGUGCCCUCUGCCGAUCACAGCUUUCUAGGUUCGCGCACGAGCAAGUGCUAUACACUCCACAUCUCUUGCCUUUACAUGACCCAUCGAGGUUGAAAAGAGGCCAGAGACCGCCCAAACCUAGGGGUCCAAAGGAAGAGGAGGAAGUAAAGAGUUGGGAAGCGCCUCAUCCAAUGUGCGAGUUUUGCCAUAAAGCGUUCUUCGGUCCAGACGAGCUUUUCAAGCACAUGAGAAGCGACCAUGAAGAGUGCCAUGUGUGUAGAGAACAAGGUAAUCGGCAUGUUUAUUUUGAAAACUACCAUAAACUUGAGCAACACUGGAGGGAUGAGCACUAUCCUUGCACUCAGCCACAAUGUAUUGAGGACCGAUUUGUCGUUUUCGGGAGCGAGCUUGAUCUUCGAGCACACAUGAUGGAAGUGCACGGCAACCAAAUGUCUGCUCGAGACAGAGCCAAUGCUAGACAUCUUCCUGUCGAUUUUAACAUCCCCUCUUCCGGUGCGCGUGGGGCGAAUCAUUCAGGAGGUGGUCGUGGCUUCUCCCUCGGUCAAUCGUCUGUUCCCGGUGCCGGUAGAGACUCCAGCGCGCCUUCACGGAUGCGAGCCAACGAUUCGCCACAUGUUCAAGCAUUGGAUGAUACCCCCGCAAUGACCCCAGCCCAGAUUGCGCAGCAGAGAAGGCAGAUUCAAGCUGAUCGAGCUGAGAGUGUGGCAGCUGGACAGAAUAUGGGUAGGAGAAGAGGAUUUGCGACUGGUUUAAGUAGGGAGGGCGAGGCGGCGCCUAGCCCGGCGUCGAUGAGUGCUCCGGCCAGUGGUUAUAACACUCCCCGAGAGGAUGUGGACGAAGCUACAGCUUCACGCCACGCUGAGCUCCUUUCACGAGUAAGCAUGCUCACCAAUGAUUCCGCCACCAAGCUCGCUUCCUUCCGCUCUGCUGUGCGCUCUUUCAAGAGCAACGAGUCUGGUGCCCGUGAUAUGGUCGACUCGAUUUUCAACGUCUUUGAGCGUGAUUUGGACGUGACCGUUGGCAUUGCUCGCGAAGUUGCCAAGCUCUUUGGGGCCGAAGGUGACAAGGACAAAGAAAAGGAUCUAAUUGAGGCCCUCAAUACUCUUCGAGUUGAACAACGUGACCAGUUCCCUUCUCUUGGGUCUGCUCCUUCUGGUCUUGGUACCAACUGGUCUGGUGUUGCUUCCGGUACUAUCCUCAAUGCCAAACGUGCCACCCGAACGUCAGGCACUAACCGAGCGGUAUGGGAUCGCGUCGAAGCUGCUGCUGCAUCUCAGCCAGUGAACAAGCCCCGAGCCACAACUGGAGUUGGCGGAAGAUGGGUGCCUGGAGCGGGAGGUUCAAGAGCGCAGCUGACCUCUGAAUCAGCUUUUCCCACUUUGGGUGCUGCCUCGAGCUCCGCGGGACCAUCCAGAGCUGCAGGCUCGUCAUCCUCAACUUCUAGCGGUGCAUAUGCCACUCCUUGGGCCGCUGGUGGUGCCGGUCCAUCUUCUCGGACACCUUCCGCUCUUGCUGGUCCCCAAAUUCGUUCUGUCCAUAACCCUGCGGCUGCCACCACCAAGAAGAGCAAAGCCCUUUCCUCUGCCGCUUUCCCUGCUUUGCCUGCCAGCUCUGGAAGUAGAACUAUGACCGCUGAAGAGAGAAAAGCGUUGUUCAGCAAGCCGACGCCCAGAGAGGAGAGUAUAAGAAGGAUUACUGGCCAGGCGAAUGCGCCGCCCCCUUUGAAUAAUUGGACGGCGGGAUCAAAUAAUGGACGAGGGGAAGAGGAUGCGAUGGAAGGUUUGAGUUUGGAGAAUCAAACGACGAUGCGAGGGCAGGGACAGCAGCAGGGUGCUGGAAAAAAAAAGGGAAAGCAGAAGCAGCUCUUGUUUUCUGUAAGCGCUAGACCUUGAUUGACUUGGAAACAUCGUUUGAGAUGUGAACGAUGUCAACGAGAGGGAAUUAUUAUACAUAUCUACAUGCAAAGUGAAGUAUGUGGUACAAUGGAUGGCU